UAUCAAGUAAUCCAAAUGUUUACGUCUGCACAGUGCAGCUAGUAAUUUUAAACCAAAAGUUGUGAUUACUUUCCCACCUCUGCGGAUGGUAUGAUCAACUACUAAGCAAGGUUUUUGUUUUGUUUGUUAAUAGAGGUAUUGGGGACUGAACCCAGGACCUCAUGCAUGCUAAGGGGUUCUCGUUCGCAGGGUGCAUUUUCCGGGGAGAAGGACAACCUAUUAACAUUUCAAAAGCGUGUAUGAUGCCAGAAAAUUAUGGAGCUGCCGCUGCUGUCCAAAGGAGCGCUGAGGGGACCAGGCAGGUCAGAGCGAGAGCGAGUCUUCUCCCUGCGUUGGAGGAAGCCUCUCAAGGAGUGGACCUUUGAAUAUCUGUGAAGAAAUGACUAUUCUGCAUGGGGGCUUCUUGCUGGCCGAGCAGCUGUUCCGCCCCAAAGCCUUGGCAGAAUUGACGAAGUCAGACUGGGAGCAUGUUGGGCGGCCCAUUGUGGAGGCCCUGAGGGAGAUUUCCUCCGCCACGGCGUGCUCCCAGCCCUUCGCCUGGAAGAAGAAGGCUCUCAUCAUCAUCUGGGCCAAGGUUCUUCAGCCCUCCCCCGCCACCCCUUCUGACACGGAAACUCGGUGGCAGGAGGAUGUAUUCUUCUCUGUGGGCAACAUGAUCCCCACCAUCAAUCACACAGUCCUUUUUGAGCUGCUCAAGUCCCUGGAAGCUUCCAGCCUCUUCAUCCAGCUCCUCAUGGCCCUGCCCACCACCAUCUGCCGGGCAGAACUGGAGCGCUUCUUGGAGCACAUGACUAUUGACACCUCUUCAAAGGAUGUGGCCUUUUUCCUUGACGUCUGGUGGGAGAUGAUAAAGCACAAGGGCAACCAGCAGGACCCCCUGCUCUCCCAGUUCCGGACGAUGGCCCAUAAGUACCUGGCCUCCUCGGAUGACUUCUCCCACCCUCCAAAGAGGUUUAAGUCAGACCCAGACGUGUGUCCAACCAUGCCCCUGCUGGCCAUGCUGCUCACUGGGCUGAAGCAGAUCCAAAGCAGGAUCCUGUGCCCCGGGAUGAAGUGCUGCACCUUAGCCAACUUGGCUGACAUGCUGACCGUGUUCGCACUGAUGGAGGAUGACCCCCAGGAGGUGUCCGCGACCGUGUAUCUAGACAAGCUGGCCACGGUGAUCUCUGUGUGGAACUCGGACACCCAAAACCCAUAUCACCAGCAAGCACUGGCUGAGAAGGUGAAGGAGGCCGAGCGGGAUGUCAGCCUGACCUCCCUGGCCAAACUGCCAAACGAGACCAUCUUCGUGGGGUUCGAGUUCCUGCGCAGCCUGCUGCGGGAGUGGGGCGAGGAGCUGCAGGCCGUGCUCAGCAGCAGCCAGGGGAUGAAUUAUGACAGCUACCGGCUGUGCGACAGCCUGACUUCCUUCAGCCAGAAUCUGAAGCUGUACCUGGAGACCACCAGCCUGUCCAAGGAGGAGAGGCAGGUGGUCUCUGAGCUGGCGGAGUGUGUAGGGGACUUCCUGAGAAACACCAACAGGGUGCUGGAGAACAAGGGCCCGGAGAAGGACAUCACCGCCUCCAUCGCCAUGGCCAUCAUCGAGCAGAAGAUGGACCGGCACAUGGAAAUGUGCUACAUUUUUGCUUCCGAGAGGAAGUGGGCCUUCUCAGACGAGUGGCUGGCCUGUCUGGCCAACAACAGAGCCCUCUUCCGAGAGCCAGGCCUGGUGUUAAAGCUGUUGGAAACAGUGAUGGACGUCGGCACGAGUGACUGGGCCGUCCCUGAGCCUCAGAUCAAACAAGUGAUUGGCUUGAUCCUGGAGUGUUACACACACCUCUCGCUGCCAGAUAAAAAUAAAGUCCUCUCAGGCGUCCUGCUUUCCUGGGGGCGCAAGGGCCUCUCAGAGAAGUUGUUGGCUUACUUGGAGGGGUUUCAGGAAGACCUCAACACGACCUUUAACCAGCUUGCGCAGAGCGCAUCCGAACAGGGCUUGGCGAAAGCCAUAGCUUCUGUGGCCCGCCUGGUGAUUCUGCACCCGGAGGUCACGGUGAAGAAGGUGUGCAGCCUGGCUGUGGUCAAUCUCGGCAUCCACAAGUUCCUGGCGCAGAUUCUGACUGCCUUUCCCGCCCUCAGGUUCACGGAGGAGCAGGGUCCAAAUCCAUCCCCCACUUUUGUGGUGUCAUGCCUCAAAGAAACCGUCUGGAUGAAGUUAUCCACGCCCAGGGAAGAGAAGCAGUUUCUGGAGCUCCUGAGCUGCCUGGUGAGUCCCGUGAAGCCCCAAGGGAUUCCAGUUGCUGCUCUUCUCGAACCAGAUGAGGUGCUCAAGGAAUUCGUCCUGCCUUUCUUGAUGCUGGAUGCCAAAGAGGUGGACCUCGGCCUGAGGAUCUUCACCCAGACUCUCGAAGGAAAUGCAUGCCUAGAGGAGUACUGGCUGCAGGCCUGUUCUCCGUUCCCGCUCAUCUUUAGCCUGUGCCAGCUCCUGGAUGGCUUCAGCAGAUACUGGCAGCUCCCCAAGGAGCAGCGGUGCCUCACUCUGGAGGGCAAGGAUCGAGCGAUCCACAUCCUGGAGCUCCUCUGCGAGGUGGUCUUAGCCAAUGCCGAGACCUUCUCCCCAGACAUCUGGGUCAAGUCCCUGUCCUGGCUCCACCGGAAGCUGGAGCAGCUGGACUGGACCGUGGGCCUGAGACUGAAGAACUUCUUUGAUGGCCACUUCAAGUGUGAGGUGCCGGCCACGCUUUUUGAGAUCUGUAAGCUUCCCGAGGAUGAGUGGACCUCCCAGGCCCACCCUGGGUACGGGCCCGGCACAGGCCUGCUGGCCUGGAUAGAGUGCUGCUGCAUGUCUAGGGGCCUCUCUGAGCGGAUGCUCGCCCUCCUGGUGGUAGAUGUGGGCAACCCCGAGGAGGUCAGAUUGUUCAGCAAGGGCUUCCUGGUAGCCCUGGUGCAAGUCAUGCCUUGGUGCAGCCCCCAUGAGUGGCAGUACCUCCAACGGCUGACCAGGAGGCUGCUGGAGAAGCAGCUCCUGCAUGUCCCUUACAGCCUGGAGUACAUUCAGUUCUUGCCUUUGCUCAACCUGAAGCCCUUUGCCCAGGAGUUCCAGCUCUCUGUGCUCUUGCUGAGAGCCUUCCAGUUUCUCUGCAGCCAGAGUUGUCGCAAUUGGCUUCCCAUGGAAGGCUGGACUCAUGUGGUCAGACUCCUAUGUAACAGUCUGACCAACCUCCUGGACUCAGUUAGGUUGAUACAAUCACUUGGCCCUUGGGCCCAAGGACAGGAACAGAACCUGACCCAGGAAACCCUAUUUUUUUAUACCCAGGUGUUCUGUCAUGUUCUGCACAUCAUGGCCAUGGUCCACCAAGAGGUGUGUGACCCCCUCUAUGUCUUAGCCUUGGAGAUUCUCACCUGCUACGAAACCCUGAGCAAGACCAACACUUCCGUUAGCUCCUUGCUCCAGAAGGUGAACGAGCAGCGCUUCUUAAAGUCCAUUGCUGAGAACAUUAGCCCUGAGGAGCGGCGCCAAACCCUCCUGCAGAAGAUCAGCAACUUCUGAACUUUGUGGCUCAGAAAACAGCUGAGUCUCUGCUUAGUGGGGUCUGUGAGGGCUGGAGCUGAGAAACACAAACUUUUUUUGGUUAUGUGAGCCCAGAAAUAUGACAAUGACAGUGUAAAGAAAAUAGUUUCUUAGGUAUUUGUAACGUACAAAUUAUAAUAAAAUUCUCUUUUGAGUUU